UGACAACAUUCACUCUUCUUUUGUUUACACUUAUCAAAAUUUUAAGUAUGUAAUAAUAUUUCUGAAACUUUAAAAUUAUAAAAAUAUAGUAUCCCAUUCCCAAACAUAAAUAACAAUGACUAAGCAGGAUGACGGCCUUUUCCUUCUUGAGGUACUUGUUGACAAGAUAGUAUUUGCGAAUAGUCCUUGCUUCGCCGACAAGGAUUUUAGAACCUGUAUUAAUAUAGAAUGUCCAUCUUUUGAACCUUUAGAAAUAUGUGACAAUGAUUCCGGUGCCUGUAUUGCAAAAAGUGGUGAAUCUUUUGUUACAACUUUUAAUAAUGGCAAGUCAUGUCUUUUUUCAAUGAAAGAAUCUGAUAUAAAUAAAGCUAUGAGCAAAUUUCCUAUAAAAAUAUCUGUUUACAAAUCUCUUCCAUGUGGAUGUCUACCCACUAAGAUAAUCAUAGGAGAAGCAAUAAUUGAUAUGACUAAAGAAUUCGUGCAAGCUCGCAAAAAGUUUCUUGAAGAUCCAACUAAUGUUAGCUACCAAGCUUUAAAAGAUUCGUUCCAUAUCGUUGGCCCUGAUGGUAAUGAAUCUGGAGAAGUCGUAAUGUUCUUACGUAUAUCGUGUUUUGGAAAGCUGAUUAUUACCAGAUUUCAAGGAGGAGGAGUCCAACCGAAUUUAAGUAGUCGUGGGAGUUCAGCUGUAGUAGACCGAUCCUGUACACCACGAAAAGACUUUCAAACAUCGCAAAAUCCUUGCGUUUGUGGGGCUGGUCGGGGAAUAAAUGUUACAGGUGGAAUUGGCGCUAUCAACGGACAACCUUGCAUGAUCGACGGUGGAGGAGGCUUUGGAAGAAUUUGCCCACCAGCUCGAGAUUCUUACAAUAGUAUCCCAUGUGAGGACCUAGAUGACCCUUGUUAUUGUUCUGGCCCCAAAUCAGCUGAAAAACAACAAAUGGUCUGUAGAAAUACUGACCAAUACUGUUUACAUGUACCAAAAGGUAUAUUGCCGAGCUUGCCGUAUUACCAAGAAUUAACAAAGGACCAAAAGCAGGAAAUAAAAACGAUGAUCAAAACUGUGGAGCAAUAUAAAACGGAAGAACGCUUAAUGUUAACAUCUAUAAAUUCUACAUCACAAACUGUAACUGCUAUCAGUGAUAACUUGAAAAUAUCAAUAGAAAGUAUGAAAUUUCCAUACUGGACAUAUAACACAAAUUUAUCAUCUUCCGAAAUAUCCUCUGUCACUUCAUUGUGUACUUUGCGAUCUAAACGCCGCAGUGUGUCAUUUUCAAACACUGUUAAUUGUAUUUCAAAAUCACAUCAGUCUUUUUCUUAUCCUCUAAGAGAUGAUGACAGUAAACGUAACAUUUAUUUUGAAAAAGAUUAUUUUGGAGAGAAUGAGACUACAGUUUAUAUGACGCUAUUUGACAACUUUUGUCGGUGUCGCACGUCAGGCACACAGGCUACAGCUUCUAUAAAUAAAUGUUUACAAGUUUGUCAUAAUAGCAGCACAGAUACUCAUCCUAGUGCAAUCGUAAUAAAUUCAAAAUUGUGUUCAACUUGUAGCCUACCUAGACCCAAUAGAAAUAUCACACAGCGUAAUCCGAAUAUGCACAAUUCUAACAUUUUUUUCUUUGGCAUGAAUAAACAACAAGAAUCAAAUAAAUCGGGAAUGGGAAGUUCAGGAUCAAAAACCAAACUAAAAGGAACUGCAAAAGCUACUGUUGCCCCAGUUAAAAGUGAAAAAGGUACUUUACGUGAAACGACUUCUAUACAAACUCAAUCUAAAAGUAGUUCUAUAGCAGUGCAGACAAAAAAAGCAAGAGAUUCUUCAACAGGAACCUCUACUGGAAAAGCAGUAACUAUUAAAGAGAAUAAAUUAGGAAAGCCAUGCCCAGCACUACGUAAUGUAACAAAAGGAGAUAUGAUGACAACAGUAUCACACAUUCAAAUUACUCCUAGAGAACUGUGUCCUAUAAAUGGCACAGAACCUUGUCUAGGACCUAAAUGUAUUAUCGCUGCAUCAGGAGGAGAACAAGCUCCAGUUAAAGUCACAACAAUGACAAAUCCUCGUCGUGGAGUUUUUGAAUUAAUCAUUCGUCGAAUGACUGGAGCUCCAUUGGCAAAAAAUGAACUCAUGUUAGAAUGGACUCCACCGCCAUCCCGACCACUGCCAUGUAGAUCCUCGUGCCGUAUCAUACCAUGCUAUCCACCAAGGACCGGUCGCCAAACAAAGUGCAAGAUGAUCGUAUCUCGACAUACACCAUGCAAACCUAAGUGUUGUAAAAAAAGUUGUAAGAAACCAUGUGGGCCUGUGUCAUGUAAGAAAUGUUACAUAGCUUCAUGUUGUGGGAAAAUUUGUCGGCCAUGUAAACCAUGUACUCCAUCUCCUUAUAGUAAGCCUUUCCCACCAUUAUCUAAGUGCAAACGUAGCAUUCCAUGUUAUUAUUGCAAAUCCUACCCAUCAUCACCUUGUACGAAGCCUUGUUUACCGUCACCUUGUCCUAAACCUUGUUUACCAUUACCUUGUUCUAAACUAUGCCCGCCAUCAGCAUGUAUGGGCUCAUGCUCUCUUUCACCUUGCAAUCCUUGUGAACCGCCCUGCUGUAGGAAACCUUGCAGUUCUUCAUGUAAAAGCACACCAUGUCUACGCCCAUAUCCCGUGGGACGUAAAAAGACCAGAAAAGCUCAUAGUCAGCCGAAAAUUAAAGCCCAUCGAAAGCGCAAAUCUCCAUGUUGCAACCGUUCAAAAGCUUGCCCCGUGGUCAAAUGUCGUAGUAUGCCUGGUCCAUAUAUUGGUUGUAACAGCAUACCUCUAUGCCCACCACGUAAAUGCAAAUCUGUUUAUCCUUGCAAGCCGACCAAAUGUUAAUUCUGUUACUGCGGAUAAAAUCAGUUUGCAGAUGCAUUCAACUAUUCAAAUUUCAUUUAAAGUAUGUAGUAAAUAAAUUUGAUUCCUUAACAAUUAGAGUAUUAAUAAAUAAAUGAAACAAAUCUA